AUCAAUUCGAUGUCAGCGUGAGAGAACGUUGUCUAAAAAUUCCGACAAAACAGUGAAAACAAACAAAAGCGCGUUAUAUAUAGGAAAUAAAAAAAACAAAAGAAUAUCUCACAAAAUAAGUAAAGUCUCAAAAGGUGCAAUAGCAGUGAAACUAAACAAGAGAAAAAUUAAAGCAAGAAAAUGAAAGUGAAAAGUGAUGCACAGAUAUAGUAAAUGCCAACAGGAAAAAUAAAAAUAAUUAGAAAUAAAUUAGCAAACAAUAAGCCCUUGCAAUUGCUCAUCAAGUGAAAAUAGUUUUAAGUUCUCCAUGGCCAUGCGCUCUUUCUAAGCCAAGGCUCCCAAUGCAGUGUUAAGGUUUUUUCUAUUUGUUACAACAUCCAAUCAUUGUGAUUUCUGACGUCUGUCUUCGCCCACUUGUUAUACAUCUAUUAUAUACAUUCGUGGCCCUAAAAGAAAGGAGCGACGUACGUACCACACAAUCCUAUUGUAGAGAGUAGGCGUAUAAGUGAAGCUCCGUAGCACACACAAACCAUCAUAAUGACGCAGUUUUUGGCAAAUUGUUAAGGGAACAAAUAAAAUUUUGCUAAAUUUGUCCUUUCGUUUAGAGGACUUACCUAGACAUACGCACACACGUCACACACAUUCACCCACGCAGUAAAUGUUCCUUUCGCUGCCACGAUAAUCGUGACUGUCCCAUUUCUCACACCCUCUGCCUAUUUCCGAAUUCUAUCAACACCUGUCAUUGCAUUAGUAUUGCUCGCUGAUAGAAAACAAUGGAAAGCUCAAUGAUUUUGGCAGCUCUACACGGUGACGAGACAAUUUAUGCCGAUUUGGGCAAUGCUCCGGAGGAAGAUGAUGAUGUGGAUACGACGACGACGUCGACGUCAUUAAUGCCAACAAUAAUGUCUACAGUAAUGACGAUAACAACAAAGGCAGCAUCAGCUUCUAAUCUCAGUGAUGUGGUGGCGACUACUACAGCGGGACCUGAUCAUGAUCCGACAGUUUCAAUGGAUAAUUUCUACCCUGCAUUGGUGCAGUGUUUUGGAAUUAUUAUUUGUGGUUACCUUGCGGGUCGUUUCAAAAUCAUCACAAAUGCCGAAACCAAAGGUCUGGGCACAUUUGUGGGCACGUUUGCCUUACCCUCGCUUAUAUUUCUUUCACUGGUCGAACUUAACUGGGACAAAGUGAAUUGGACGUUCCUGUUGGCAAUGCUCAUAUCCAAGGCGAUUGUAUUUUUUGUGGUGCUCCUCAUAUCAUUGAUUGUGGCAAGGCCUUUGAAUUAUGCCAGGGCAGGAUUGUUUGGCAUAUUUUGUACGCAAAGUAAUGAUUUUGCAAUUGGAUAUCCCAUACUCAUGGCUCUAUAUCAAGAAGUGCAUCCUGAGUAUGCUUCAUAUUUGUAUUUAAUGGCUCCCAUAUCAUUGGCCAUUUUAAAUCCGAUUGGCUUAAUUUUAAUGGAAAUUGCAAAAAUCGCUAAAAGCAAAACAGAACAGAUCCAGAAUCCACCCUUGUGCCCUGAGACUUGUCCAUCCGAACAAAUGGCCAAACGCAAUCGCUGCUUAAACGAAAAAACUUUACUGGUAUUGAAUACCAUAAAGUCUUUGUUUUUCAACCCUCUGCUCAUGAUGACGGUCUUGGGUGUUGCUGGCUCGUUUAUUUUUGCUAAUGGCCUUCCUGAAAUGGUGGCCAGUGUUUUGCGAGUCUUUGGUCAAUCGUUUUCGGCGACAGCUUUAUUUUUAUUGGGUUUGAAAAUUGUUGGCCAAGGCAAUACAUUGAAAGGUUCAGAAUUCUUGUUGCCCGGAAUUUUGAUUUUGGUGAAAAUUUUGGUUUUGCCUUUAGUUUGCCGUCAGACAGUAAAUAUCAUGCAAGCUGGUACCGAUUUCAAUGACACCACCGAGUUGAGCACAUUUGGUUUUCUCUAUGGAACCUUUCCUGCAGCCCCAGGAGCAUUUGUUAUUGCAUCACAGUACAACAUUGAAGUGGAAUUGAUCGCCAAAAGCAUGGUCCUGUGUACCUUCAUCUCUGCUCCUUUAAUGUUUAUUUCCGCUAAAAUGAUUUCUCUCACAAAUCUUAAUCCAAUUGAUUAUCUACACGAAUUGGAUGCAUUUUCCUUCGAUAUCAGUGUGGCUGGUUUGGCAGCUUGCAUUUGGAUGUUGUUGCUAUUGAUAAGCACCAAACGUUUCAAAAGAAUGCCUCAUCGCAUAACUUUCUGUUUAGUAUUAUCACAGUUAAUGUGCUGUGUGGGAGUGAUAUUGUGGUCCAAAUUGGAACAUCAUCAGAAAUGGCCCUUAUUAAUACAAUUUUUCCUUUUCAACAUUGGCACAUACAGUAGUCGCUUAUGGACUGGUAUAUUAGCUAUAACCCUGCUAUUUUUGCAGUGUCGCAGUUUAUGUUUUGUAUUGAAAUUAUGGCCGUAUAUGAUUGUUUUUGCUUGGGGUGUCCCAACAUUGAUAUCCGGCCUUUUGGUAGCAUUCGACAGCAACGUUAUGUCGGGAGAAAAGCACAACCCCAGCUUUCAGUAUGGAAAUGCCCAGGCAGCUAUAUCGGUAUUCCUGUUGGUGAUGUGUUUCAUAGUAACUGUUGGCUGUUUGGUUAUGCACCAGCGUUACAAGAAACGCUAUGAGAAAUAUUUGACCUAUGCACGUGAGCUAUCAAAUCCAGAAUCAGAAAACUCCGACUUGCAAUCCACCAUAUCAACAGCAAAUCUUUUAUCAUCCAGUGGCAAUGUGCACCAAAGACGUCGUUAUGCCUCAUAUUCUUCAUCUGAUGACGAUGAAAUGCUACCAAAUACCGUGGGUGUAGGAAGUGGUAAUGCUGCUGGAAGUGGUUGUAAUAGCUCAACUGCUGCCAAUGCUGGAGUCAGUAAUGAGGGUGGUUGUGGCAAUGGUAAUUGUUGCUCAUCGAGUACCACAACUAGUCCGGCAACCACAGUGGUGGUGGAUAUUGAAGAUCUGCUGAAUAAACGUAAUUUGGAGCAAAAUAAAAAGGAUUCCAAGGAUAGUGAUAUAACAGCAGCAGAUGAACAAUUAGAUGAACAUAAUCAUGAUGUUCGGGCCGGCCUUUGUAGUCCCUCGUUCAAUUGUGGGGCUAGUACCUCACGAAAUUGCCAGUCGAUUAUUGAACGCUAUGAGGAUCAAACACGUCGUGAUCUGGAGCCUCUAGAACAAGCCAAUGAUGGAGAUGAACAUCAAACUCUCAAACAUAUUGUGUUACUGAUCAUAUUGCUUUGCUCAAUGUUUGUGGGAUUGGCAGUAUCCAUAUGGACCUUGGUUAUGGAAGGCAUGUCUGGAAUUUAUUUGGAAUUAAGUUUUCUCGAUGCUUUUUUGAAUUUUGGUCAAAGUUUAAUUGUAAUGGCUGUGUUUAUAGGAGAUACAGGAGAGUUACUACAACCUUUGGUUAAAGUGUGGCGAAAAAUAUGGUAUGGUGCUAAUAUUGUUACAUUACCACACUGGUCACAGGUUAGCCAAGAGACAAAGCAUAUAUGCGAACAAUUCAGAACUCAUCAUCUGGAGAAUUGCAAAAAGGAUAUUGCAAAAGAUCGAAGAUGGCGCAUUAAAACCUAUCGCAAAGUAUUCUACGGUUGCGAAUUUGUUGAUUGGCUCAUUGAGGUGGGCUUGUCCAAGGAUCGCAUGGAAGCCGUUCAUUAUGCCAAACAUUUGGUUAAUGGUCGAGUCCUGCGUCACAUUAACAAUGUUUAUCAUUUUGAGGAUAAACAAUUACUGUACAAUUUCUGCAGCCGAAUGUAAAGUCGAAAAAAAAGAAGAAGAAGAGAAAUGUGUCACAAAACUUCUCUUUUUUUUUGGCGAUUUGAAGUUUAUGUCUAUGUUUUAAAGCUGUGAUUUGUUUUCUUUUUAUGUUUUUAAUAGAAUUUAGUUCAAUUUUAGUUAUUUCUUAAGCGAUAGGUUUUGAAAACUACUACAACGUAUUUGUCUACGUUCGAACACAAAUAGCAGGGGAUAAAAGCAUUGAGGAGGCAUUUUAGGAUUAAUGUUUUUUUUAAAUAGUUUCAAUUUUUUUUAAAGUUAAAGUCUCAAAAUUUAUGAAGCUAGGGUUGUUAUGACCCUUUUUUUAAUUCAGGUAUAUUUUGAAAAAAAAAAAAAAAAAUUUAUAUUUAAAAAAGUAUUUAGUGUCAAGUCACUGUUUCAGUUUUUUGUUCUUGUUUUACGAAUUUAUGAAUUUGCUUUUCCUUUUAUGAACUAUUGGGUUGCCCAACAAGUAAUUGCGGAUUUUUUAAAAGAAAGUAAAUACAUUUUUAAUAAAACUUAGAAUGAAUUUUAAUCAAA